AUGCCCAAUGGUGUGCACUCUGCUCCAGUCGUAGCUAUCAGUGGAGGCUCCGACAGUCUUUGCCUGGCGGUCCUUGCGAAGCAGUACUUCACCCAUGUUUCCGCUGUCACGGUGGAUCACAAGCUUCGGCCUGAGAGUGCCCUGGAAUCUUUGGAAGUGGGGCGCAUCUUGUCCUCAAUAGAGUUGCCCCACUCCAUAUUGACGAUCGACUGGAGUGAGUCACAGAAGGGGUCUGAGCCAGUAACCAAUGUGCAGCAAGCGGCGCGGGUGGAACGGUACCGCUUACUAGCUGAACACUGUCGGAGUGUUGGGGAUGCUACUCUGCUGACAGGUCACAACAUCAACGACCAGGCCGAGACGGUCGUGACCAGGGUACUAAAAGAUAGUGGCGUGGAUGGCUUAGCUGGGAUAGCCGCGGAGGUGCACUUGCAGAAUCCAGGGCUUCAUAUAGCGAGACCGGUUUUGUCCUUCGAUAAG